ACAGCUGCGGGUGCUGAAGGUUUUUCUAGACACAGUUGAAUCUCAUGCACUGCACUUUGUGUAGUUUCUUUGUUAACAGUGCGCAUGGAAGAGCUGAAAUCUGCCAUGGAGGAGCACAUGGAGCUUAUGGCAGAUCUUGUUCAGAAGUUCUCUUCGGAGCUUCGGGCUGGCCUUCACCCUGCUUAUGAAAACUUUAUGGGUUUUUUCCAUGCCAUUGAUUGGAAGGAACCUUGGCUAAUGGGAUUAUUAGCCUUCCAUGUUAUGUUUCUGCUUGUAGUUAUCAUCUCAAGGAAGAACACCAACUUUCAGAUGUGCUUGUUCCUUUUGACGUCUGGUGUAUAUCUUGCUGAGAGGCUAAAUGAUGUUUUGGGGAAGAAUUGGAAAAGCUUUUCUGGUCAAAACUAUUUUGAUACAAGUGGACUAUUUAUGUCAGUUCUUUGGUCUGGACCUCUUCUUGUCAUUGCUAUGAUAAUCUUGAUCAAUACACUGCUCUCCUUAUGUUACUUAAUUGUUAGGUGGAAAAGAGCUGAACUACGACAUCGUGCAAGGGCUGCUCGUAAUAAGCAGGACUAGUUGGUUUGUAGUGGGAUUUUAAUGGAUUAAACUCUAAAGGAUUCAUGUCAGAUGAGGUAUAUUUUAUGGGAGGCAAUUCUAUUCAAGUGGACAAUCUUUGGUAGCCCUGCCUUUCUUUGUAUCGUAACUUGUGCUUAAAUGAAGAACGGCAACAAUUGUAGUUUUAUUUCUUCCUUUUUUAUUUCGUAGUUGUAAAUGCUUUUUAAUUUAUUUUACUGGACCUAGUGUAAUGGAAGUCUCUUUCGGGUU